GGUGAUUUAUAUCGGUCAGUGAGGGGUGAUGGCAGACUCUGACACGCAGGAGACUCGCCAACAGACCAAAGACUCCCCGUUCUCCAUAAAGAACCUGCUGAAUAUUGAGGACAAACCCACCAAGCAGAAAACCCUCCUCGGUUCAUCCAAAGGAGUUUUUGAGGGCGCCCUCUUCUCCCGGCUGGGCGACUUGUCUUUCCCUCGGUUUGAGCUGCCAGCGCAGAGACUCGGACUAUCCGCGCAGUAUUUGGAGAGGGCUUCUACCUGGUGGUACCCAUACACACUGGGGACGCACUUCAGGACUGCAGGAUCAGAGAAGGUCAGCCUGAGAGAAAGCUCGCCGGCUCCGGACAGGCGCUCCCCGGAUUUCCCCAAAAGCGACCCAGAUGCCAAAGAGGAGAGCGCGGACGACGACAUCCCGCUGGACGAGAGCGACGCGGAGGAGCCAAAGAAAGAGUUAGACCCGGAGGAGGACGAAUGGAGGAGGAAAACGGACGAGCUGGACUCCGAGAAGAAGCCGUGUCGGAAGAAGAAGACGCGCACGGUGUUUUCCCGGAGCCAGGUCUUCCAGCUGGAGUCCACCUUCGACAUCAAGCGCUACCUGAGCAGCUCGGAGCGCGCGGGCCUGGCCGCGUCGCUGCACCUGACGGAGACGCAGGUGAAAAUCUGGUUCCAGAACCGGAGGAAUAAGUGGAAAAGGCAGCUGGCCGCGGAGCUGGAGGCGGCCAACCUCAGCCACGCCGCGGCGCAGAGGAUUGUGCGCGUUCCCAUACUUUAUCACGAGAACGGCGCCCCCGAGACGAGCGGGGGUCCCGUCACAAACUCAGCAGGGAGCCAGUCCCUGCUGGCUUUUCCCCACCACAUGUACUAUUCACACCCAGUCCCUCUGCUGAGGCCUGUUUAACACCGAGGGGGGC